AUGAGUUGUCGUCCGCAGCGAGGCAGAACAGUCGCUUCAUUCAAGCGCCUUCUGCUCAAAUGGACCGACGAAUUCCAGAUCUACCUGACAAGCCCUCGCGAGAAACGCGCGGCCGAGCCAGGUCACUUAGUGCAGAUGGCACUCGGUCUCGUCAUCGAACAAGUGAUCGCCACAAAGCUGAUGCAAGAGCUCACGAACACCCAGUCAUGGCGCACCAGACGUCGCCCCAAGCUCCGCAGGAGCAGUUGGUACCCCCCACCCCAUCCCCCCCAAUCGAACGUACGUAUUCUUCACCCAUCCACUCUUCCUCAUGCCAACGUCGUCUGCCAUUCGCGUGCAUCUCUCGCUUGUUCAGGCUCUCGAAAACGGGUGCCUUUGCCACCGCAACGUGACAGUUUUCAGGAAGGCUCACGUGGAAGAGCGGAUGUCGGGUACCGCUCGCCACCGUCUGCCACUCGUGAUAGUGCCCCGGCUUCUCGGUUAAUUACCAACGAUGCACGCAUUCCGUCGGGCCCACGCUUGUCUCCUUUGGAGAUCUCAAGAGACACCAGAUCCUCCGACGCCAGAGGAUCUCGACAAGCGCAUUCCAGUUCUGCGCUUCAUUCAAACUCUCAGACAGAUACCUAUGCUCAUAAUGAGUCUAGGGACAAACGAGGCCAAGAUCAAAUGGAUGUUGAGGACCCUCCAGCCAUUAUCGCCAAGUCCACUGAACCUUCUCGACAGCUUGUGAAUAGUCAGCGCUAUCGCGAGGAUCGUGACGGCUCCGCUCCCAAACGCCCUCGGGCAAUGAUGGACGAUGUCGAGGUACCUGCACGACGGAGAUCUCCAGAUCGCUCUCCCAAACUAUCGCGUUCUGAAUGGAAAGAGCCUCAUCGCACAGCACACGAAGAUGUCUCCCGAGCUGCGCCCUCGCGGGAUGAAAGGCGCGCGCCUGUUGAAUCAUCAACUCGGAUUUCGCGUGAUACUUCUCGUCGUCAUGUUGAUAUGUCAAGGCCGCCUCCUAGUGCUCCAACGCCAAAGCUUUCUGGAACAAACAGCAUGCCAAUUGGUGGCAGAGGCAACCGCUUUGGUGAUUCUGCUUCAAUUUCACCGCAUCCACCACUACCGUCUGCGUCUUUCCUACCUCUGGCGAGUUCCGCUUCACGCCGAGGCGUUCAUGUGUCUGGAAGCAACGCGCAGCCUGUGGUUUCUCGCCCUGUUCGUCAACCUGCUGGUGCGAUGGACAAUCACGAUCGAUUACCUCGUCUGGAUGAUUUCCAUGACAGAGAGCGUUCAACGAAGAUUCUUGUCGAUCAACGUCGGCAAACAGAGCGCAUAGUUUCACCUCUCCUUCCGCGCAAGCCUCUCUCUGUGCCAGACCCACCUGCGAAUGCACCUAUCAAUACAGAUUCACCAUUACGAUUAGGCGCACGUGCAGCAAGAACUCGUUUUGGACCUCCAGUUCCGGAACCUGAGGGGAAACCGCACCUCAACAGCAGACGUGACCAGACGCCCGAGAGUCCUCAUUCUCAUCAUGAUCAUGAUCAUGCAACCUCUCCUCCGCUUUCCAGGAACUCUUCCACGACGUCGGCACGCGAUGCCGUUUAUCCGUCACAACAAUCCAAGCACGACGGGGACGUCUCUCUUCGCAGUCACCGGCCGCCUGAAUCGCGGCCUCACGGCCCUGAAAGAAAGGAGACAAAUGAUCUUCCUGAAUACCCACGUAGCAGCAGUCACAAUGAUCGUCGUGACCAUGGUCCGCCUUCACUGGAUCAUAAUCAGGAAUGGCAUGUAGAUGACUCAAAAAGUUCGAAGUGGUCUAGAACACGGGAUUUACCUCCGCACGAGUCCUUGCGCCACGCCGACGCAGAGUCAUCACCCUCUGGUCACCAUGCCGCGAACGGUGAAGGGUCGCAUCAAUCUCUUCCGCUGGCUAUGCAUCCAGAGCGUGCACGACUUCUGCAGAGUCACCUUCCGCACUCUCUACCUCCUCGCCCCGAUACAGAACCAAGACGUCCCCGUUCAACUCGUCCCCGUCAUGGUUCAGCGCCUUGGGCCCCCUCUGGUUCACGUUUCAAUCAGCACUUCGAGGAGACUUCCUUCCAUGGAGACCGCUUCGAUCGGUCGUCUAACAACCACGGAAGCUCUCUAAUCGAUCGGUUGGCUGUUGACGGCGGACAAUCGUCCUUUUCAUUGAGAGAUCGCGUGAAGGUCCCUAUGAAGCGGCCUUCAGAUGACCCUAUCGUGAACGACGCGUUGAUGGAUGUAGACGAUGGGCACGAAGGCUCCAAGCGGAGCAGGAGGCGAGGGGGAAAGCCCAAGAGGCCGAGGCGUGUGGUAUGA